AAGGGCAAGUGGCUGACGAUCGCGCAGAAAUGGCAAGUUAUCGAGGAGCAUGGGCGCACGCAGCCGCCGCCAUCGCUCGCCGAUCUGGCUCGCUGGUCCCAGGCCAAGUUCAAGCUGUCCCAGCCGCCGUCUCGAGCCACCAUCGCAAACAUUCUGCGCGGUGCCUCUGCUGUCAAGUCGAAGCUGGACUCCGCA